AUGCCGCGCGAGCACAACAUUACACAUCGGGUCUCGAAGCCGCAAUGUUCCUAUCAAGCUUCACUCGCUCGAUUUUCCUUUUUAUCUUCUUCUCCGGAGUGGUCACGAAUUGUUCUGAUCUCGAAGAAGCUGUGAAAAAUUUGCGACAACUAGUGAAUACAAAAUCUUCGCGAGUGACACGGGAUUCCGAAGAUAUUUCGACGAUUUGGCUCGAUUACGAAUUCAAUAGUGGCGCUGGGAACAGAGAAGAACUCGUCGUGAAGGAUAUUUCCAUCCAUGAAUACUCAAAUCUUCCGGAAACGGUUUCCCAUUGGCAAUUCCUGGAGAUAAAUGGCACCGGUUUCUUGAUCCACACCGAGAAAUCAAUUUUAUCGUUUCACAAACUUGAUCUGGAUAACGUUUCCACCGGAGAUCCGGUGACUUUAAACGUCACCGGCGUUAUAUUGACGUAUAAAGUAAUCGGAUUGAACAAUUUUCAAUCAGGAGAUACUUUAGAAGUGGACGUUGUAGCUGUUUUAUGCGUGAAAUCGGGCAGCGUGACUUCCUUGCAAUGGUACAGGCUCCUCGAUGGCGAGAGUUUCCAAUUUUUCUGGCUGUGGCCGGUCCAGAAGCACAUCAAAGACUUGGAAUUCAUUCAAUAUGGCGAUCGAAAGGAAUUAUUACUGUUGGAGGAGGAUGAGAUACUAUUUGGGGCACAGUAUUCGCCUGUUAGCGUUUAUAGCUUCAGCAUCGAUUUUUCGAACAAUUUCUUUCAUUUCUGGCUCACUCAAAGGUCACUUGCACCGAAAGUGAACGAAAUGCAAAUCUGCCCGAUCUACGAAACCAUGUCCUUCGCUCUUCAAGGCGACAGCGAUGUAUUUCUCUAUGAGUACAAAGACAUCACCGUUGAUACCAUUUUCCAACCGCUGCAAACUAUCAAAUCACAAGAUUUGAGGAACCUUGUAUGCUUCGAGAGCGGUUACUUGCAGUUUCUAGCUAUAUCAGGACCGGAAGCUGGCCUCUUUCACUUCUUCGAGGGUGAAUUUCAUUACAACGUCGAGUCUGAAGCCAGUUUCGAUGUCUCAGAAAUAUCAUGGAUCAAAGAUAUCAGACUGGAUACAUACAGGGAUGAAUCGUUAUUACUUAUCCAACUGAAAAAUUCGACUGUGAUAGCUUUAGCCUGGCAAGGAUUAAGUUUUAAAAGAAUACAGUUGCCGAGUAACGUGCUCGAUCAUUUUGAUUUGUCGAAGAUCACUGUUAUUCCGAAAUUUGGAUUCAUUCUGGGAAAUAAGUUUGUGAAAUUUCACACUGAAUUAAAAGACUUGAAACAUCCGUCUCAGCAUACCACGGAGAGAUUAUUAAUUUUGCAACGUUUGUUAAACAGCCCUUUGCACCAUCAGGAAGAAAUUUUUAACAAAACGGAAUCGUUUCUCGAGAAAAGUUACUUUAAAAAUCCCGUGGUCACCGGAUUUUGGAACGUGAGCGAAGUGAAUGCGGAGAAUGCAACCAUAACCGACAAUGUCACGUAUCAUUACAUUACAGUUGGAUCCAUGAAUCUAACGAUUGAGGAUUUAAGUGUCAACGCGACCGAUUACACGGAAAAACUUAAAAAUUUGGAACGCAAGCUUCAUCGAAUCGAUUCUAAUUUGGAAAACGCUCUGGAUUCGAAUUUAACCGAGCUAAAUCUUAAUUCCGAGUUAGAAAUAUUUGGAAAUAUUCAUGUUCUAGGAAAUUUAACAGUGGAGAAUUUAACAGCAGAGUUCAUUAACAACAUCGAUGUGUCGAAAAAUGAUUUUCCAUCUCGGAAUGAGAAUGUAAUCCGAGAACUGAACAAGCUUUCUAGCAUAAUAGCUGAUAAUUUGACCAUCUAUUCGUUAAACGGUAUUCCAUUGAGUGAUAUUCGUUUUUCAAAUUCGUUUAAAGAUUACAGUGGAAUCGAUUUUUCAAAGGUAACACAAGCUGUUGUGGGGGGCGAUUUGUUUUUCGAGAAGAUUAAUGGAGUCGACUGGGACUCCUUAAUGAAGAAUGUUGUGUGGAAGAAUAAAAAAACGUUUAUCCCUGGAAAUACUGUCGUUGAAGGGACGCUAAUCGCAGACAAUGUAGAGAUAGAAACGCUGAACGAACUCGAAUAUCCAGAUGACUAUGUUCUGAUCAACGAUGACAUGCCAACGAAUGUAACUGGCAGAAAAUCAUUUAACCAGUUGCUCGUACAGGACCUGCAUGGGCUGAAAACGAUAAAUGGUAUUGACAUCGACGAUUUCGUAAUUCUGCACAAGGACAACGUGUUGAACGAGGAAAUUACGUUCGAAAAUUUGGAAGUAGAAGGUCCUACUCAGAUUGACGGUGAAGUAGUCGGAGCAGAGAGGGAAGAAGUGAAACUGAUAAACGAGACCUCCGAAAUUACGUCGCACAUUAUCUUCUCGAAUCUGACAGUGGUGGGGAACAUAAUCUUCGAAAAUUUGUUCCACACUAAGAAUCCCUUGCACUUUGACGAUUUAUUAUUGAAAACUGAUGAAAAUGUUAAAAUUACUGGCACCAAGACAUUUUUGGGUAACGUUGGGAUGAGAGGCAAUGUAACGAUCACGUCUGGUUUAAUUAAUGGACACCCGAUAGAAGAUUUCGCGACCACAAACACUUACCAGGAAUUUCCUAAUUUAACGAAAAUAUUGUCAAACGUCAGAUUCGAGAAUGUGACAUAUGGAUCGAUAAAGAAAUUGGAAGAUCUUCUGAAAGAAACCGGAAAUUCCGAAAACUGCCAGGAGAAGAUGAUCGUAUUGAAACCUCCUAUUGUCGUAGAUGAAUUAUCUUUUAACAGUAUAAACGAUAACAUGUCGUACGAUGAAUUCUCGAACAGUGUGAACGAAACGUUCCAAAACAUUAUUCUGGAGAACAUAACAACUGAAACAUUAAUGUCUAACGAGAUUGCACCUAAAGUUAUCAAUGGCGUUAAUUUCACAGAUUUCAUUAAAAAUCUGGAAUCAUUGAAUAAUAUAACAGAUUACUCGAUAGAUGAUUUGGAAACUGACAAUUUGGACGUGAAAUUUAUCAAUGAAAUGUCACUGGAUGAAAUUAAUGACCUGAUAGGUAGUAUGAACAUGUUGUUAGAGGACAUUUCUAAUAGAAACGCGAGUCUAGAGUCCCUUCGAGUCACUGGGAAGAUCAAAGUCAAUCUGAUCAAUGGAAUAGUCCUGAAGGACCUCUACAAAGAAAAUCAUACUGUGAUCUUCAAAGAUGACGUUAAUAUAGGAAAGUUAACGAUCCUUGGAUAUUUAAAUGGCUUCAACUUUACGGAAAAUGUCUUGGAUACGGUACUGAAGACUGAUACAGAUAUUGUAAUACAUGGACAUAAGACAUUUGAAACUGUGAACUGUAACGAAUUUGAGGUGGCUACUUUAAAUGAUCAUCCUUUAGAGAACAUUUUCGAUCCUACGAAGGACCAAGUGCUGUCUGGUUCUGUGAUAGCAAAUGGAACUGUGACGGUUCUGAAAAAUUUCCACGCAACCGGAAGUAUAGACAACAUCAAAUUCCAAGACUUGAUGGACAGAUUCAAGUUCCUAGGGAACAACAGCUAUGAAUUUCAUGGGAACGUUCGUUUCCAGGAAAAUGUAUCGGUUGAAAAUCUCAUUGCAAACGGGACGAUUCAAGGCAUAGACUUCGAUAGUUUUCUUAAAACGACAAUUUCCAAAAACGAAGACAACGUCACCAUUUCCGGCACGAAAGUGUUCGAAAAUUCUGUCACCUUCAAUAAUAAGUUCACCGUGCAUGAAAAAUUGAAUGACAUCAAUCUGAAGAAUUUCUGGGAGAACGUAGUUUUCAUUGACAAACCGUUUUCCAUCAAAUCGAAGAUUUUCUUCAAAGAUGGUAUUAAAGUUGAGAGGGAUUUAAUCGUUGAAAAAGAUCUCGAAGCACAAUCCAUCAUGGGAAUCGACAUAAGCGAACUGAAACUUGGUAUUCUGUAUUCGGACAGGCCUAAUUAUAUUAAAGAGUCCAUUGAGCUAACUAAUGUUACCUUUAAUGAAGAUAUUGAAUUGAAUAAUAUUAAUGGCUUGAACAUGAGGCUACUGAUAUCGUUGAAAAAUGAGCAGACCAUACCAGUCGAAGUGCUCAAAUGUCGAAACGUCACUGUUGACAAUUACCAAGUUUUGGGAAAAAUUAACGAUGAGAGUUUGGAUACAGUUCAAGAGACGACAUUCAUGAAAACUGGCAAUCAGAACAUCACGGGACACAUCAAUUUCAAGGGUCACGUCCACACUCGUCGUGAUUUUAACGCGCGCUUCAUCAAUGGCAUCGAUCCAACUCGAGUAAUUCCCUUAAAUUCGAAGAGCACGUUGGAAGGCAACUUUAAAUUCGAGAAGCCAGUAAUUCUGAACCAAAGUCUCCGAGUGUUGGGUAGUUUGAAUGGUAUAGAUCCUAAUCGUUGGGAAGCUACCGCUGUGAAGGCGAGUAAUUUCAUGCCGCAGAUUAUUACUGGUAACUGGACGAUAAAUGGUAGCGUGUAUUUUGAGAAUAGAGUUACUGGAAGUAAUGUUUUAAAUGGCACCAGGAUUGAUCAACUGGCGGACACCUUGGGAAAGAGACAUUUGGAGAUGGACGCUUUGAUAUCGGAAACAUAUGAAAGCCUGGACAGCAUAUGCCUGGAUCUAAAACACCUAAAGCAUUACUCCGAGAAACAAAUAUACAGGUUCAGCUCGUUCGACUAUCUGCAGGUCAUCGAGUUCGACAACCGUAUUGUCAGUCUGCACCACUUCGAGCUGGAGGGCUUGGACUAUCUGAUGAUAAGCUACAGUACCUGCCAUAUGCACACGUACUUGUUCACCGGGAAGAAAUUCGAGUUGGUCGCUAACGUGCCUAAUUUCGGAAUAAUUGAUCGAUGGACUACAUUUAGGCACAACGGCUCUGUCUAUUUUCUCACUUCAGGAACGCAAGACUGCGGAAAAAACUACACAAAUUUGUGGAAACUCGAACACGAAGAGUUCACACAUGUCUCGAGUCUAGGUCACAAGAUAGGUAGUAGAAAGGUGGACGAACAGGUUCUUCUGAUGAUGAUUGAUCGAAAAGACGAGAAACGAUCCUCGAAAACAGCUAAUGAAGACCUGGAGAAGGUUAUGUUGUCCCUAGCAGGUGACGAUGACGUGAAAACCAUUUUGCAGGACGACCAUCUGCUGCUGAAUAGCAAGCAGAGGUCUUACGAGUACGAUGUCGGUAAAACGAGGAAUACAAUUGUUGAAAGAAGGUCUGGGAAUCCGGAAAUUUUUCAUUUUAAAGCGGGAGUGUUCGAGAAAGAGAUGUUCUUGUACUACGAUGAGGACGUUAGCGAGGAUCGAAUAUUCAUUUACAACAAUAAUGAGCCACGUAAGAUUCUCCAGACCAUAAAAGCUUACAAGCCAACAUCAUUCGCGGUUCUUAAUUUCGAAGGAAAUGUCGAGACACUCUUACUUUUCGUUGAAAAUAAAAAGUAUCUUCGAAUGUAUGAGUACAGAGGCGUAAAAGGCUUCACGUAUAGGGACAAUAUUAUAAUAGACAUCGAUAAGUUACUCAGCUUCAAAAUUCGCAAGUAUGAUAACUUAGCAAAGCGCCAGCAUCUUGCUUUGAUCCACGAGAAUCGAUUGACAAUAUUGGAGGCGAAUAUGUAUGGCGAGAAAACUGAUAUGGAUUGGUUAACGUGUUAAAAGAUUAAUACUUUCACUAUUAUCAUCAGUAUAAACAGAAUAGAUAUUAAAAAUAUCGAUAAAGUAGUAAUUUAUUUAUAUUUAGAAUUAUUUAUAGGAGUUUCCUAUACGUUAUUUAUAGAGGUACUUAUAGAGCUGUCAUUUAUAAAGUUUUGUACAAAUCUGUUAGCAAGUAAUUGCAAAUAUCAUAAUGGCGUUACGUUAUAAAUAAAUACUGUAUAAUUGUCUGUAAUUAUCAUAAUAUUCCUAUUAGUGAAACUG